AAAGCUCUUAUUGUGAGAUAUUUGAUCUCACUAAAAUAAUACCAAAUUCAAUAUUGGAGAGUUCUUCAAAGCUAAUUACACUGAUUGAUGGCACUAAUUGGAUUAAUCAAGAAAAUAUUGUUAAAGAUAACGUUGAUGAUGAAAAUCAAUAUGAAACAAUUUUGAUUAAAUUGCAAAAAAUUAUCAAGGAGAAUAAUCCUAGAAACAUCCUUAGAAUAGGAAUACAUUCUAUUGCAUCACCGUUUUGGAAAGCUAGAAAUUCCAAUGAUGUUUUUAGAUUUUUGCAUGCACUAAGAGGAUUGAUUAGAAAUACAUAUAGUUCGGCAAUCAUUACAAUACCAGCAUAUCUAUAUGAACCAAUAAAUGCAUCAUUUAUAAGAAAAAUUGAACAUAUUUGUGAUGCAGUUGUAGAAAUUGAAUCAUUUGCAGGAUCAUUGUCAAAAUCCAAUUUGAUUUAUUCAACAUCUUUUAAUGGUUUAUUUCGAUUUAAAUUAAGACGUAAAAGAUUUUCAAUUGAAGUGUUUCAUUUACCUCCUGAAGGUGAAAUCAAAGAGACAAAAUCCAAUAAUGAUAAUCUAGGAAUUAAUGAGCAGAAAAAUUUUGGUGAGGACUGGUAA